UUUAUUUUUUUAGAUUUUGUUUUUAAAAAAUUUUGUUCCAAAAGCAAGGAAGUUGGAGAGAAUCUAGAAUACCCAUUUCUUUCACUUCCUCGAACACCCAGAAAUAAAUAAAUAAUAAGAAAUCAGAGGGAGAGAAGAGGAGAAGAAAAAGCAGAGAAUAAAACGAGACCGGAUGUUGACAAAUUUUAUGUCACUGUUCUUAGAAGGUCGUUUGAUUGUAAGGAGAUUUCUUAUCUGGGAUCUCUCUCCGCUUCUUCUUUCAGAGACUGGCCCAGCAGAUCGAAAUCUCCUUCUUUCCAUCUAUCUGAUGACGAUCUAAGAUCCUCUAAUGGCGUUUCAGAAAUACCCACUUCGUUGUUUUCUUUUUUCAAGUCCUUCUGCUCUGUUUUCUUCUACCUGUGAUUCCUCGGGUUGUUCCGGUUCUUAUUUUGCUACAGGUGGGCUGCGAGUGUCAGGAGGAGACUGUGAAUUUUCAUGGACAGAGUUGGGUUUCUUGGUCGUCGUCGGGUCGUCGAGUUCCUGUUAAGUCCGCAGCGUAUUUUCGAAGAGGGUUGAUGUAGGAUGUGGGUCUGAGUAAUUGCCAGGAAUGGGAACAAAAGUACACUGUAAGAGAUACAUGCCAGAAUAUUACUCCAUGAGGGACCUUAAUGUGGAUGCUAACAAUGGUAGCUGGCCUGUAUAUUAUGAUGAUGAAACCUUGAAGAAUGGACAGUACUACAAUGCUUUCUUGCCGAGGCAUUCUACAGAUCUAUAUUUGGGUUAUGAUAAGGAAAUGAUGAAGCAGACAAUGCUUAAGCAUGAAGCCAUAUUCCGGGAUCAGGUCUUUGAACUCCACCGUCUUUAUAAGAUUCAACAAGACUUGAUGGAUGAACUUAAAAGAAAGGAAGUCAACAAAUAUACGGUUUCUAUGGAGCCAAUGCAAUCAAGUCCCUUUCCAUCUCAAAUGCCAUCAGAAGUUGUCCAAAAGAUGUGGCAAAACCUUACAAUAAGACCCUCUGAUUCAGGGACUGAAAACAUUGAGUCUGCUUUCAGUUCUAUAAAAGAAAAUAACAAGCAAGCAUGUCCUUUUCCAGCUCAAAAUAGAGGCAGCUCAAAGGUAUCCAAGCUCCCAAGAAAAAGGAUUGAUCUCCAACUUCCAGCUGAUGAGUACAUUGAUAGUGAAGAAGGGGAACCGAUUGAAGAAGAGAAACUUUCUAAUCAUAGUGUUGCACUCAAGAGUGAUGUAAAGUUGUGUCUUGGCAAUGGUGGUAACCCUAAUGAUACAAUAUGUAGUUUGAGAGCUGAUUCAUGUUUAUGGAGCACUGAUGGAUUGGCUGAUUUGAAUGAGCCCAUCCAGGUUGAUGAAGCGACAUCUUCGGCUUCUGUUGAUUUUGUGGGCCCCUUAAACUCCAAUGGAGAGGUUCAUCUGCGUGUUCUGCCUGGAAAACCAAAUUCAGGGAUCCUUGGGUUGCCAGGGGAAUUAUUCCAAAAUUCCCAAAGGGGAAGGUGUAAUGGUACCUGCUCAAGCACUCUACUUUUAGAGAGUGAAGGAAACAAACCAGAAUGGCUAUCCUAUAAUCCUGAAGCUGGGCAAAGUAGAAGUAGCCUCAGUUCUUUAUCUCAGAGUUUCAGUCCAGAAAAAUUUCCUACACUAUCUGAACCAGUACAGGUUGACCUUAAGAGAUCACAUGAACUUCCAGCAUUUCUCCGAUCUGAUCAGAUUUCAAGAGAGCCAUGGAGAGAAAGGGCAAGUUGUACUGCAGAAAUCUCUGAAAGAAAUAGCCCUGCUAAUAACUAUCCUGGAUCAGUGGUGGCUUCCCAUGUUCCUUUUCAAUAUCCAAUCAUCAAUCAGUUUGAUGCGUCCCGAUCACCAUCUGUUUCAUCCUGUAGAAAGGCAAUGAGUUGCCUGAGCCAGAAUGCGGUAGCGGUUCAAGCACUCCCAUGCAUUGUGUCAAGUAGGAGCUCCAACGUGUCUAUCCAAGGCUCUGGGAUUAUUGGAGAUAAAUGGAGUCUUGAUAGAAAUUUAAGAUUGAACCCUAGUUUUGGUGGUGAAGUAUCGCAGCAAAAUGGGUUUUACCAGGUGUCCCGGUUGGAGUCCAAACACAUUAACUUCCCUAAGUCUGGGUUUGAUUAUCUCAACUGUGGCGACGGCAAUAUUUCAUCUGCUAAACAUUGUGAAAACCAUUAUGCUGAAAAGUAUCUUAAGGGUCCGGAGUGCAUGGAUGUGAAGUUUGCAAAGGAUAUGAAUCUGAAUGUGGCACUUCAAAAUGGCUUCCAAGAUGGGGUGGUUCCCCAACAAGAUCUUGCCAUUGAUGGAAGGGGGAAACAUGAGGUUCAACCUGGGGGAUUGCCUUGGCUCGGAGCAAAACCAGCUAGCAAUGAUGGUCCUGCUGGAGGAAAGCGAAGUUCAUCUCAGUUGGGGUUGGGCUUCUUAAAAGAACAUCCGCAGCAGUCUUUGAAUAAAAGUGAAACUGGAAGCAGUCCUAGUCUAAAUUUUAUUCAGAAUCUCAUGUCAGCUUCAUGUCAUCAUGAUGUUGGGCCUAAUAAAACUGAACCUGUUUUUUCAAGCGAGAAGAAGAUACUUGGGAUUCCCAUUUUUGAAAAGGCUCACAUUUCCAGCAACCGGUCGUCUUCUUUGCUUAGCUCCCCAACCAAGUCCCGUCAUUAUUCAUCUGCGGUUCAAGAGACUGAGAAUAGUUGGAAGAAGUUGGGAAUAGUUCAUAUUGACUUGUCUCUUGAUCCUCCAUUGCAGGACUCAGGAAAGAAGUUAACUACAGAUGAUAGGAUUGUAAAGAAGGGACUGGAUAAUAGCUGUACUAGCUCUAGGAAUCACAUUAAUUUGAAUACCUGUACAAAUGAAGAAGAGAUUCCACCGGAGUCUUCUGUUCCAAGAGACAAAGUGAAGAUUGCGGUUGAGAUAGACUUGGAGGCCCUUCCAGUGCCUGAUACUGAGGAGGACAUUCCUCCUGCAUGGGACAUCUGUAUAGGAAACCAACCUGAGGAACUUGUCCAGUCAUCACAACAUGGAGCUGGAGAGCCUCAUGAAGAACUUGCCAGAAUAGCUGCAGGGGCUCUAGUCUCCAUUGCAUCAUCUACUAUUCAGAUUCAGUUGGAGUGCUUCACUUGUCAACAACCAGAAUCUUAUCUUAGAGAUUCCUUAUAUUGGUUUGCAGAAGUGGUUACUUCAAACAUGGGUGAUCUUGAGAGUGAGGUCAGGGUAACUUCGAGGGAUGAGGAUGGUUGUGAUCAUAAUGAGUCAUCCUUUGAGGGGGUUGAUUACUUUGAGUGCAUGACGUUGAAGCUGACUGAGACCAAGGUGGAAGAGUACUGGUGUAGGCCCCAGGCUCUAGAGAAUGUGGAGGAAACAGUUUCCAUUUCAAAGCCCACUCGACCUCGAAAGGGCCAUGGGAGAAGGGGAAGGCAGCGAAGGGACUUCCAGAGGGACAUCUUACCAGGUCUUGCUUCUCUCUCAAGGCAUGAGGUGACGGAAGAUCUUCAAACAAUUGGAGGGCUGAUGCGUGCUACAGGUCAACCUUGGCAGACGGGGUUGGCAAGGAGGAAUGCUGCUAGAAAUGGAUGGGCAAGGGGGAGAAGGCGUUCAAAGGGUCCUGUUCCCAUGCCGGAAGCAAGCAAUGUCUGCCCACCUCCAGUGCAACCACUUAUUAGUAGUGAAGUGGGGCUGGAAGAGAGGAACCUAACAGGGUGGGGGAAGACACCUAGACGGCCCCGGCGACAGAGAUGUCCAGCUGGUAAUCCUCCUUCUCUUCCUUCUUUAACCGCAGUAUAGAAAGAGGCUUUGUGAUUUGAGAAUUUUAUAGAGGUUAUUUAGUUGGGGAGUCGGCAGUUUGUUUCUAUGGCUUUGGGGUGAGAUUGGUAGGAGCCAUGGGAAUUGCUUCCUUGUACAUGUCUUUGAGCCCCAAUUUGGGUGCCGUUGUUUAAUUGUGUUUUUGAGUUAAACAACUUUAUAAUUCAUAAAUAAUGUCGCAUUAUUCUUCUAA